GUUGUCUGAGGGCGUUUUUUCAAGUUUAGCACCAGAGAUUUUUUGGGUGGUGGCUGCUUGUUUUACAAGUUUAGAAUUCCACCAAGUUAUUGUUGAGGACACUGAUUUGAAGGAAUUAUACUAAUUUCCAAACUAUCGUAACUUAUCCCUCUAAUCGAGGCUUCAAACCUUGUUUUUCCCCGUUGGUGCAACUAACGAGUGGUUUACCAGCUAACCGAUAAACUCAAAUUUUAGCUAGCAAGCUGAGAGAGGCGUCAGAUGCAGGCCAUCAAGUGUGUUGUAGUGGGGGACGGAGCUGUGGGUAAAACAUGCCUGCUCAUCAGCUACACCACCAAUGCGUUCCCUGGGGAAUACAUCCCCACAGUCUUUGACAACUACUCUGCCAAUGUGAUGGUCGAUGGGAAACCAGUGAAUCUGGGUCUAUGGGAUACAGCAGGACAGGAAGACUACGACAGACUCAGACCACUGUCCUAUCCACAGACGGAUGUGUUUUUGAUCUGUUUCUCUCUCGUGAGUCCAGCCUCCUUUGAAAACGUCCGUGCCAAGUGGUACCCAGAGGUGAGACACCACUGCCCCAACACCCCAAUCAUCCUGGUGGGCACCAAGCUGGAUCUGAGAGAUGACAAGGACACCAUCGAGAAGCUGAAGGAGAAGAAACUCACCCCCAUUACCUACCCCCAGGGUCUGGCCAUGGCAAAAGAGAUUGGAGCAGUAAAGUACCUGGAAUGCUCAGCCUUGACACAGCGUGGCCUUAAGACAGUGUUUGACGAAGCCAUCCGGGCGGUCUUGUGUCCCCCGCCCGUCAAGAAGAGGAAGAGAAAGUGUUCACUACUCUAAACGGCGCAGACAGGAAGUAGGAAGUCACACUGCAGUCUGAGCUCACCUUUUGGUUGGGGGGAGGAAGAGGGUGGGAGAGUGUCUUAAGAGGGAAGAUUCUACAGAUGUCAUUUUUUUUCUCUCUCGGAUUGUAAUUAGUACAUAGUACUUAAAUAUGAUUUUUAUUAUACAAAUCCUAGAAUUAGAGCUUUGUGAAAUUCCUGCUGCCUUCUAAAAAUAACUUUUUUUAAUGUUAUUGGAAGAUACUAAUUGCUCUUUUCAAUUUCAGUCUCUUCCACUCUUCUCGAGUCCAUAUUGUUUGUUUACAGACUUCAAUUGUGUAGAAUUGAGGUGUUGCCAAAAUUCCUACCGCAUAUAACGGUCAUCACUUUCUUGUAGCUCCAUGUACACUAAAUGUAAGGAUUUCUUCUUGUUUUUUUUCUUUUGUACCAUAUGUGCGACCAUAAUUAGCAAAAUCUUAAAAUAUCCGUUAAAUGGUUCAAGAGAAAUUGAAGUAAACUCUUAAAAAAAACAAAAAAAAGUGUUGUAGUAGUGUCUUCUAUGUUCUAUAAUCAUACUCUAUGUAGAUCAAGUAAAUUUAGAUCAAUUGUUUCUCGUCAGGUAGAUUUUUAUCUAUCCAUCAAAUACAUCGUCAAAAUAACUGUCAAUAAUGGAUAAUAGCGAUCACUUUAUAGCUAGGUGGAUUAAAUGCUUAUUAGAUCUAUCUAAAUAUCAACUUACAGUACUUGCCCCUUGUUCUGAUAAAAUAGUAUUUUACAUUCUACAGGUGUCUAUACUGAUUCACCUGAACAGGUGAAUAGGAGAAACUGUUAGAAAGUGGAUGGAGAAUGGUUCUUUAUCAGACCAAUUUAGAUGGAUCCCUCUUGUUGGAUUAAACAACGGUUUCACAAACUGUGUUUUCUGUACAUAAACACAAA